AUGAUGAGUCCACGCGAAGCUGUUCUUGUCGACUUUGACGAUGAGGAGGUAGCUAUAACGCCCGCAUCUAUUGAUUUGUACCAUCUGGAUCAGCUAGAUGCGUCACUUGAAAACUUGGAGACGCUGGCGUCACCAUCGCCGCCUGUGAGUCGAGAAAAGCUGAUGCGCUUGUGCGCACAAAAACUGGUACGUGCGUUAUUUACGUGUUCGACGGAGUACUUUGCGUGUGCAUUACCGGCAACCAAGUUGCACAUUGCAGUGCUGGCGGAGCGCCAGCACACGCGUCUUCCUGGAUUUCUUCCGAAACAGCAGUUCAAGCUUCGGCUGCCAAAGGAUAAGCGUGGGACUUGGACGCAUUGCUUGACCAUAUGCAGCAGCAACGGUGGCAGUAGGAUGCAGAAAGAUUUGCAGCAUCCAGCUGCAGAGCAAACCCAAAGUGGCGAUACGAGCAUUGUGACAAGCGACACUGGAAUUCAUUCGUCAAGUGAACAAUCUUCUGCAAAGAGUUCCGACUCGGACAUGGUAUGGUAUGUGCUGGAAAAGCCCAUCGCUGGCUUUUCGGAGGUAAUAAACACUCUUGGUGGUCAGUAA